AUGAAAGCUACAUGGGACGAUACAAGCUCGAACGAAUCGGAGAACGAAUCGGAGAAUGAAUCAAUGGAACAAGAAGUAGCCAACAUGUGUUUUAUGGCCCACAAUGUUGAGGAGGAUGACCUCAAAGGCCAGCGGUUGUAUCUCCUCCUCCUCCAGAUGAAGACCAAGGACCUCCAGUUGACACUCCCUCUUGGUUUAUCCCCUUCCAUCAUGAAUUCUUUACUUUCAGUAGAGAUAUGCGAUCAGGUCUUCAAUCUCUUUAGGAGAAUUGAUGCUUCAUUUGAUGAAGAAUCUGAGGAAGGAAGUGAGGAGGGUGAUGACGAGGAAGUUGAAGCUGAUGAUGAUGAUGAUGAUGAUGAUGCUGAUUAUAACUAA